AUGAGACAAGCCAUCACUUUUCUUUCGGCGCUUUUCGCCUUGGCCCUUGCCUUGGCUGCCGACUUGCCUGCCAUUGAGGUGGUUGGAAACAAGUUUUUCUACGCCAACAACGGGUCGCAGUUUUUGAUCCGUGGUAUUGCGUACCAGCAAAACACCGAGAACAGCACGUCCUCGGGAGACUCGUCGUACACAGACCCGCUUGCUGACGGCGACGCCUGCAAGAGAGAUGUGGAGUAUUUCGCCAAGUCCAACACCAAUGUGUUGAGAGUGUAUGCCGUGGACCCCACCAAGGACCACGACGAGUGCAUGAACACGUUUGCCGACGCAGGCAUCUACAUCAUUGCAGACUUGUCGGAGCCCGACACCUCCAUCAACAGAGACUCGCCCGAAUGGAACUUGGAGCUCUACGACAGAUACACGUCUGUCAUUGACAUGUUCGCCAACUACACCAACGUCUUGGGCUUUUUCGCCGGCAAUGAGGUGACCAACAACAAGUCCAACACGGACGCGUCUGCGUUCGUCAAGGCCGCGGUAAGAGACAUGAAGACCUACGUGAAGGACAACGGCUGGUCCUACCCCGUGGGCUACUCGUCCAACGACGACGCGGACACGCGUGUGGCGAUUGCCGACUACUUCUCCUGCGGUGACUUGGACGAGCGCGCCGACUUCUUUGGUAUCAAUAUGUACGAGUGGUGCGGCGACUCCACCUUCGAGGAGUCCGGCUACAAGGACAGGACCGAGGAGUACCUGAACUUGACUAUCCCCGUCUUCUUCUCCGAGUACGGCUGCAACCUUGAGAGGCCCAGAAAGUUCACUGAGAUUGCCACCUUGUUCAGCGACGAGAUGACCGACGUCUGGUCCGGAGGUAUCGUGUACAUGUACUUCGAGGAGGAGAACGAGUACGGCCUCGUCAGUGUCAGCGAUGACACCGUCAGUACCUUGGCCGACUACUCCUACUACUCGAAGGAAAUGAACAGCAUCAGCCCCAACUUGGUCCUGAGCAGUGACAUCGGCUCUGCAUCCACGCAGACCUUGGCCUGCCCUACCUCGGCCUCCACCUGGAAGGCCUCUGCCAGCUUGCCCCCCACGCCGGAUAAGGAGACUUGUGAUUGUGUGUACAGCUCCUUGCUGUGUGUGGUUGCUGACGACGUCGACACUGACGACUACAGCGACUUGUACGGCUUCGUGUGCGGUGAAAUCGACUGUUCUGCUGUCUCCGCCAACGGUACCACCGGAGUCUACGGGUCUGUGUCUUUCUGUUCCGACAAGGAGAAGUUGUCGUAUGUUCUCAACGCCUACUACGAAGACCAAGAUAGCCACUCGAGUGCAUGUGACUUUGAUGGUUCCGCCACUCUCGUUGCCUCUGCCUCUGUUGCCAGCUCAUGCAGUGCUGCGGUUUCUUCUGUUUCUGCCAACGCUGUUGCCACGGGCUCGUCGUCCUCCUCUACCUCGUCUGCCUCUUCGUCGACUUCAACAAAGUCCUCUGACGGUAAGAUCGCUGCUCUCCCAGCUACUAAGAGUGAGUUGGUGGCCAUUGGUGCCAUGAUCUCGUGCAUCGUUGGUGGUUUCGGAGCGUUUUUCUUUUGA